AUGAGCGACACCGUGGAUCGCAUAGUCGGUGGCGUGUUGGUUCUGAUCGCGCUUACCGUGUUCUCAUACUACAGCAUCUGGGUCCUCGUUACACCGUUUCUCCCAGACGGCCAUUUUAUCAACGCGCUCUUCCUCCCGCGCAUCUAUGCCGUGCUCAUUCCCGCUGCUGCCGCUGUGCUCAUGCUCGGUUUCGUCCUCAUUUUCUUUGCUGCUGUACUCAUGGGGCAGAAGACCGGCAAAGCCAAAUCCAGCUGA